AAAUUAAUUUGUACAGCCUCUCCCUCAUUUUUCUCAUCCUUUUGCCUCUUUCGAUGAAAGAAAAUCGUCAGAUAAUUUUCGAAUGGAGUAAAUUGGGAUGCUAUAAAUUGGAGUUCUAGGCAAUCAAAAUUGAACUACAUUUUUGCAGAGAUGUUUGGAGUUGGUAAAAAUGGUGGAAGAAGGCAUUUCAUUUCCAUGUAUUGCAUCAAACUCGAACUCUUUUGUUCCUCCACAACUACACCCAAUUUAAUGCCAGAAUUUCUAGUGAAUUCACUUGGGUUCUCCACAGAGAAAGCCAUUUCUGCUAGCUCCAAGGUAACUUGCUUGAAACCCGGAAACAGUAAGCCUAAUUUAGUUCUCAAUUUCUUCAAACAAAUCGGUUUAGACAACACCCAGAUAAAAAUCUUGGUUUAUCCGGCGCCCAGAUUGUUGUUUGCUGAUGUCGGAAAAACCCUUGAACCCAAAGUUAGGGUUCUUCAAGAAAUUGGCUUAUCUGGGUCGGAUUUAGUUAGGGUUAUUUCAAAAAGUGGACCUUUUCUUAGAACAGGUCUCGAUACUAGCAUUAGACCUAGUCUUGAAUAUCUUAGGAAGUUAUUGGGUAAAGAUGAGACUGUAGCUAAAGUUCUUAAGAGAUCUCCUGCAUUGCUUCAUUAUCGUCUUGAUAGAGUAAUGGCACGUAAUAUAUUGUAUUUUCUAAAUCAUGGAUGUUCCAGUUUGGAUAUUGAAAAGCUUAUUCUUAGGAAUCCGACAAUUUUUGUUCAAAAGCUUGAGUGGCUUGAGGAUAUAGUGCAAAGAGUGGAGAAGGAUUUUUGCAUUUGUAGGGAUUCCCGGAUGUUUUAUUAUGGAGUGGAAAUGCUUUCCUCGCUUAGUAAGUCGAGUUUAGAAAUGAAACUUGGAAUUUUCAGGAGUUUUGGUUGGUCUGAUUCUGAUAUUAUUACAAUGGUGCAAAGGCUUCCUUUAUGUUUGACUACAUCUGAGGUUAAGCUGAGAAAUGUAUUGAAGUUUUUCAUGGAGGAGCUUAGGUAUGAAUCUAGUUACGUAGCGAGGCAUCCCACACUUAUAAUGUUCAGUUUGGAGAAGCGGGUAUUGCCCAGGAUUAAAAUCUGGCAACUUCUAAAGGAGAAACAGGUGAUAAAGAAAGUGCCAUGUUUUUAUACAGUUAUCAAGUGUUCUGAGCGGGAGUUUUUAGAAAAUUAUGUCCUUCCCGUAAGGGACGAGAUUCCUGAGGUAUAUGAGUUAUACAUCAAAAGUAGAAACUAAGAUAGAGUAAGCUUAUUGUUUUCUCUCAUACAUGGAUUUCUUGGUUUACGAACAGUAUUCACUGAAUGUUUUCCAAGCUAACGGCCAGACCAUUACUGUUUUUAGUUUUAAUUGUAUUUCUGGCUGCUAUUGUGCCAACAUUUUUCAUUCUGGUAAUUGAAGACAUUAUCUUUGUGAAAUUGUGUCAUCUUUUUUUGGUUUGACAACAGAAAAAGUGAAUGUCUUAACGAGGGUGACUCUUGUUUAUUACUGAUAAUGAGGUAUAAUUGCUCCUUAAGACACUGAUACAUGAACCGGUGAAGUUGAGCAAAUACUCCAGGUUAGAUUGGAUCUCGAGAUAAAUUAUCUCUUUAUCUAAAGGAAAAAAAAGGGGGGGAGAAACGCUUGGAUGUCAAGAUGCUUGAUUUAGCGCAGCCAUGUCACUUUACCCUGCAUUUCACAAUUUUUAAGUGCACUCUUAUGCUUGGUGCCUGCUUGUCACGGAUUCGAUGCAAUAAGAGAAAGAACCACAAUCACAAAAGGACAUAACGGAUGCAAGUCACCUUAAAUUGGGUUAACCCGUGGUACCUAAGGGAGAGAGAAGAAAAAAUGAGAGCAGUUACAUUUAGCUACAGCAGUGUCAACAAGAUCAGAUUUAUUUUCCUCCUUAUUGGGAUAGCACUUGUUUCCAAAACAUCUUUCUUAACUUCCUCAGUCUUUCAUGAACCUGGAGAGCAUCUACUAUGUCGAGAAAACUACACUCAAUUUCUUUCACCCUUCUGUAUUUUUCUUGGUUAAAUACCAUUGCAUUUAUUUCA